AUGAGUGAACGUUCCUGCAGUAUCGUUACAAACGGUCAUAACACUGACAUAAUUUUAAGACCCUACAGCAAUCGCACGCUGCUGAUCGUAACGCACUUCAAAAAGCUCGGGACGUUUGUGACGGUCAAUCGCGAAUCCGCUGUGAACGGCUACAAUAGCGAUGUAUUCACGAUAAAGACAGUUUUUGGCAGCGACAACAAUGACGUUCACCUAGCCGCCAGAUACAUAGCGCAACAGAUUAACAUUGAGAAAGAAUUGCUGCUAUCGAUAGCGCUGAAAGAUUAUGACCUGGCGAUCUUGAAGUCCAUUGUCGUGGCUGUGAAUCAGAUAAAGUCAUGGUAA